AUGCCCUCUCCAUUCCUAACCCCCGGCACUCGGGCGCAACCGGAUACCCUUGCCCUCCUACACCUCCGCAGAGACAACGCCCUCCCGACAAUCCUGCGCAUCCACGACGACGAAAACCUAGGCUACAAAGAAGGCAAAGUCACGACAACACGCUUCGGCUCGUACCCGCACAGCACCCUCCUCGACCAACCAUGGGGCACACAGAUUGUUGCAUCAAAGGUAGACACAGGGUCGCGCGGGCGCAAAACCCAUCUCAAGCGCAAAGCCGCGGAUCUAGAGAAGGAGAAUGCGAAUAGCAAUACCAGCAGUGAGGGUGAAGUACAGCAGGCAAAACCGCAGCCUCAGCCGCAGUUACAAGCUGCUGUGCAGGCAUCGAGUGGAUUCUGUCAUCUUCUCUACCCCACGCCGGAAACGUGGACUGCGUCGCUCCCACAUCGGACGCAGGUCGUCUAUACACCGGACUACAGUUACAUCCUCCACCGACUCCGAGUGCGUCCUGGGGGCACGAUUAUCGAAGCAGGAGCCGGCAGCGGCUCGUUCACCCACGCAGCCGCACGCGCAAUCUUUAACGGCUACCCAUCCGCAGACAACACACCACCGACAAAGAAACGCCGCCGCUUCGGCAAAGUCUGCAGCUUCGAGUUCCACGCGCAACGAGUCGAGCGCGUCCGCGAGGAAAUCCACCACCACGGCCUCGACGAUAUCGUCCGCGUCAACCACCGCGACGUCUACGCAGACGGCUUCCUCCUUCCGGGCGGUCCCGAAACCGAAAAUGAAUCCCCCAAAGCAUCUGCCAUCUUCCUCGACCUCCCCGCCCCCUGGCUCGCCCUAAAACAUCUCACCCGCAAUCCAGAAGACGGGAAGCAAUCCCCCCUGGACCCAGCCUCCCCAGUCUAUAUCUGCACCUUCUCACCCUGCCUCGAACAAGUCCAGCGCACAAUCAGCGUCCUCCGACAACAAGGCUGGCUGAACAUCGAAAUGGUCGAGGUAAACCACCACCGCAUCGAAGCGCGACGCGAACGCUACGGUCUCGAGUCCGAGGGGAUUCGCGGCGCAACUGUGUUCCCGAAAUCAGUUGACGAGGCGAUUUCUAAAAUGCGGUUUGUUGAUGAGCGGGCGAGGAAGUUCCGGGAGGCGGAGGCUGCUGGUCUCAAUCCCGCUGAACAAUCAUCGACAACAACACAAAAACAGCAAUCACAGCAGGCACAAGCACAAGCACAAUUACACUCGCAGUUACAGUCCUCCAUCCCGGCAUACAGCCAGGGUCGUUUGGUGCAUCGCUCCGAACAGGAUCUCAAAAUGCACACGUCGUACCUCCUCUUCGCUGUUCUUCCACGCGACUGGACAGAGGAUGAUGAGAAGAAGUGUCGCGAGCAGUGGCCGUCGUAUAGGGUUGAUAGUGAGGCGGGAGUGCAGAAGAGCAAGAAGCAAUUGAAGAGGGAGGCGAGGGAGCAGAGGGAACAGGGAGAGAAGGAGGGGUAA